AUGGCCUCCAUGGGGCUGCAGGUGCUGGGCAUUGCCCUCUCCGUCAUUGGCUGGUUGGCCUCCAUCCUCUGCUGCGCGCUGCCCAUGUGGCGGGAGACGGCCUUCAUCGGCAACAACAUUGUGGUAGCCCAGAUCAUUUGGGAAGGGCUGUGGAUGAGCUGCGUGGUGCAGAGCACGGGGCAGAUGCAGUGCAAGGUCUAUGACUCCAUGCUGGCCCUGCCACAGGACCUGCAAGCUGCCCGUGCCAUGGUGGUGGUGUCCAUCAUCUUGGCCAUACUGGGCACCCUGCUCGCUGUCACCGGUGGCAAGUGCACCAACUGCGUGGAGGACGACACCGCCAAAGCCAGGGUCAUGAUCCUCUCUGGCGUCAUCUUCAUCGUUGCCGGCAUCCUCAUCCUCAUCCCCAUCUCUUGGUCAGCCAACAGCAUCAUCCGGGACUUCUACAACCCACUGGUCACCAACUCACAGAAGCGGGACCUGGGGUCGUCCCUCUACGUGGGCUGGGCAGCCUCUGCGCUGCUGCUGCUGGGGGGGGGGAUCCUGUGCUGCUCCUGCCCGCACCGCAGCGAGAAGCCCUACUCUGCCAAGUUCAUGGCUGCCCGCUCGCUGCCAACCAGCAACUAUGUCUAG